GAGCUAGAGGUGAGGUGACGAUGAGGCAUGGGCUAACGCGGCCUAUGGGCCUAUGGCCGCUAACCACCUCCAAACCCACCUCGCUAAUUAGGGUUCUUCUUCCUCCUCCACUACUCCACCCCACCACCACCCACACGGCCCCACCCAUGGCCACCGCCGCCGGCGCCUCCUCCCCGGCGCGCCGCCGCCCGCGCCGUGGCUCCAAGGGCCCCAACUCCGACCUCUCCCGCACCCUCACCGACUGCACCCGCCGUGGCGACGCCGCCGCCGCCAUGGCCGCCUUCGACUCCGCCCUCUCCGGCCCCGACGCCCCGCGCCUCCUCGCCCACCAGUACAACCAGCUCUUCCACCUCCUCGCCACCGCCGACGCCGACUCGCUCCCCAACGCCGCCGCCGCCGCCCGCCGCGUCUUCUCCCACAUGCUCGGCUCCGGGGCCUCCCCCUCCGAGGCCACCAUCACCUCGCUCGCCCGCGUCACCGCCUCCGAUGCCUCCAACCCCGCGGCCGCUGACGAGGCCUUCGACCUCGUGGCCACCAUGAGGGACAAGUACGGCGUCGCCCCGCGCCUCCGCUCGUACAGCCCCGUGCUCGCCGCGUUCCGCCGCGCGGGGGAGGCCGGGAAGGCCUACGCCGUCGAUGCCCACAUGGAGGCCUCUGCUGUUGCCCCCGAGGAGCCCGAGAUCGCCGCGCUCCUUGAUGUCAGCGCCAAGGCAGGGGACGCAGACAAGGUGUAUGAGUAUAUGCACAAGCUGAGCCGCACCGUGGAUUGUGUCGGCGAGGAGACUGCGGAGGUGCUGGAGGGUUGGUUUCGGAGCGGUAAGGCGGCAAUGGCGGGCAAGGCCGAGUGGGAUGCUUGUAAGGUGAAGGACGCCAUUGUGGCCAAUGGUGGCGGGUGCCAUCGGCUUGGAUGGCUUGGGACCGGCCCUUGGACUGUGCAGCGAGUAAGAGUUGGAGGAGAUGGCCAGUGUGAGGGGUGUGGUUGCCGUCUAGCAUGUGUUGACAUUGACGUCGAGGAGACGCAGAGGUUUGCCGAUUCUGUUGCCAGUCUGGCCCUUCAGAGGGAGACCAAAAUAAAUUUCAGCCAGUUUCAGGAGUGGUUGGAAGAACAUGGAGCAUAUGAAGCUAUAGUUGAUGGUGCAAAUAUUGCACUUUAUCAACAAAAUUUUGCAGAGGGUGGCUUUAGUUUGACUCAGCUGGACGCUGUUGUAACAGAGCUACGGGAUAGAUAUAAUGGUAAAUGGCCACUUGUCGUAUUACAUAAUAAACGCAUUGCCAAGCUUAUGGAAAAUGCAUCUAAUAGACACCUGAUUGAAACCUGGAGAGCGAACGGGGCAUUGUACACUUCACCAAUUGGGUCAAAUGAUGACUGGUAUUGGCUGUAUGCGGCGAUUAGGUUGAAUUGUUUGCUUGUGACUAAUGAUGAAAUGAGAGAUCACAUAUUUGAGCUCUUGGGGUCAUCUUUUUUCCCCAAGUGGAAGCAACGGCAUCAGGUCAAGUACACCUUUAGUAAAGGAAAGGCGGUGCUUAUGAUGCCACCUCCAUAUUCUUCGGAGAUUCAGGAAUCGGAGAUGGGAUCUUGGCAUGUGCCUAUGGAGGAGAAAUCUGGUGAUGACAGAGCUAGGAUUUGGCUUUGUAUUGAUAGGACAGGGCACUGCAAACAUCCCCAUGAAGCUCCUGCAGCAAACGGGGUUGUCCAGGAUGUAUCUCCCACCGAGGCAUCUCAUGGAUGUGAGCAGAGGCGAGCAGAACAUAAUGGUGGCUCCUUAACCGGUAAAAGAAAGGAUAGAAAUUGAUCGCCAUGUAGCUUGAGGUGUCGUUCCUGAGCAGAGGAGGCAUAUUGUAUUUUGCAUUCUGCUGAUGUAUUUCUCAACUAGGGAUGCAGCGGCGGUGCAUCCCAAGAUUCCCAUAUACAUGGGGCAAGAAACGCCAUAAACUACACUAAGGUGAGCUAAGCUGAGCUCCGGUGGGUUAGAUUUUGUUGCGACAUUUUUGGCGAAGGGUCACUGGGUGAUGAAAAUUGUGUUGGCAUCAACUUUGUAAUGCAACACUCAAAUAUCCAAUCUGGUUGCACCGUCAAUUUCUUCAUAUAUAAUGAAAGGUCAGUUGCACUCUGUAUGUAGGAGAACGUAUGCACGUUAUUUUGUGGCGAGAUUCUGGAACACCUGUAGAAUGUUGGAAUUUACCGAUGUGAUCUUGGCGAAACAA